AGCAGCUUCCUCCGGGCUGGGCUCGCGUGCCGGAUGCAUUGCCAGCAAGCGGCCCGCCAAGGGAACGGGAUGAGAUGGGGCCGCUACGAGGCGCCCGUCCGCUACCGGCGCGGCUUUAACGCGCAUGCGCGGGGGACGGUGAGGCGCGCACCACGAACGAUGUGAUGGGACAAGCUGCAGCGCCUCGCGCGGCCGCGCUCGCUUCCUCUCGCGCCGAAACUGCGCUGUCAGUAGUGGCAGCGUGGCCCGUGUACGGGUCGGGUCGGCCCCUGUGCGAAUAAGUGCGUCGUGAGCAGCUUUUGAAAAGUCCUGUCGUCUCUCUCCCUUCUUUCCGAGAGAGAGAAUUUCUUCUGUUGUGGCGGCAGGGUGCGUGAUUUUUCUCUCGCGAGAAAGGCACCGGCUCCACCGCAAAGCCAGCGGAUGCUCGCGCGCGCGCCCGUGCGCGCUUUGCCGGAUAGAUACGCGAGUUGAUGUGGUGCGCUUCUUCGGCGACGUGCGCGUUGUGAAAAGUGCGCGCCGCGAUGGCAACCUCUUCGGCUUCCCAAGUGCGGCAACGUCGUCGUGCUCGCGUGGGAUGCACUGUGUCAUCGUCGUCGUCGCCGCUUCCUCUGGAGACCGUUGCCGGUGCCGAGCAUACUUGGAUUCGGUGCUUAGUCGUCGUUCUGUGCCUGCUCGUGCCGAGCGUUGCGUCGUCGUCGCACCUGCCACUUUUGUCGGGCACCCUGAAGACGUUCCAGAAGUUCGCCUGCGACGGCCAGGAGCUGCAACUGCGCUGCUUCCGCAACACGAGCAUCUCCAUCUCGGUGGCCCAGUACGGACGCUCCGUGCCCUACCACAUGCUGUGCCCGCCGCCGUCGCACGAGGAAGGGGGCGCUGUGAGCGCGAGACCGGCUCAAGAGUACAACGGCAGUGUCGAGUGCAUCGCCAAGGAGGCACUGAGGGUGGUUGAGGCAGCAUGCCGGGAAAAAGAAGAGUGCACAGUCAAGACGGACGCCAAGUCGUUCAUGGUGGACCCGUGCCCAGGUGUGCACAAGUACGCCGAGGUCGCCUUCAAGUGCCGGCCCACCACGUUUUCGAACCGAAUAGUGUGCGAGAACGACGUGCUGAACCUGCGUUGCCACAAGAACCUCCGCAUCGUCAUCUAUUCGGCAAACUUCGGUGGCACCGAGAAAGGCGUGCCCGAAUGUCCUCAAAGGCAAGACGUGAAGCUAUCCGAGUGCCAAGUGAGCUACGCGACCGAAACGGUGCUGACGACGUGCCACGGACGACGCAAAUGCACCGUGGCAGCGGACAUGGGCACCUUCGGAAAUCCCAGCUGCCACAAGGACUCCCGCCUCUUCCUGAAGGUUGUUUACACCUGCGUGCCAAAAGAGAUACUGAAGGACUUGGAUAUCGGUGGCAGUGACUCGGCCAAGGACAAACUGGACGAAGACGAGGAAGGAUACGUGGAGGAGGCGCGCUAUCAGCCCUCCACUUUCAGUCCUGCCGGCGGCCUGUACGCAUCGGCAAAGCCUUUGCCAGCUGUGCCGAUGGACCGAAACCUGAUACCAGUGCCAACCAACAAGAAGAACGACGUGCAGAGUGACAGGACCGCCGAGGACGAAAAACACGUCAACUGCACUUUAGGAGCCAACGGUCAUCGGGCUGUCGGCUUCGUCACCGAAUGGGUCGCUGCCUACAAGUUUAUACGAGCGAACAAGGAGAAAUUCAUUCUCUACGUGACGCUGAGCGUGGGCUGCGGCGUGGUCGCAUUCCUCGUGGUGCUGUCGGCUCGACUGUACGUGCAGCGACGCCGGGACAGACAGCGGGCGAAGGCCAAGUGCUCGGAACCGCUGUCGUGCUCCUUCGACGACUCUGACGGUGGCGGCGGCGGCGACCAGUUCGACGUCACCGGCACCGCGGGCCGUCACGCCCACACCAUCGAGGUGGUGCGGUACGCCAACCGGUCCGGCAUGCGUCGCCAGGACAGCGACACGCAUCCGCGGGCUCCCAUGUCGCGGUCCAUGAACAACUACUACUACAGCUAGUGGUAAUCGGCCGGGGAGGUGACACGUUUCGCGCUGCCCUGUUUUUCUUUAUCCUUUCCUCGUCUGGUCACCCCCUCGAGCCGACGACGUGCGCACAACAGUCAGGAUCACGUAGACGCCAAAGAUUAACUAUACGGGCUGGAACGAGACUGAACAGAUUUCGCGUCUGUGUGUGGGCACCCAGCGCGAGAUUGUGUCUUUUUGAGUCCGCAGUGGUUGGGCCUGCUGUCCGGGUACCGUUUCUGCGGGAACCCAGCGAAUCGUCAGUGUCUCGCUGCGUACAACGGCGAAAGAGGAACCGCAAAGUGAUGCCUUGCAAGACGGAACAAAUGACCAGUGCUGUGCGGAUGUCAUAACUGUCCGCGGCUGUUUGUUGUCUCGGCACGCCAUCGCCCACUCCAGAGGGUACUGUGGUCAAUGAUAUUUGUACAGGAACGACAACGCAACAGUGCCCAUUGGUGCCACCUGUGAGGAAUUGAAGAACUGCAACAGUACGUGGAGUUCACACGAGUGUUUAACUACUGGCAAGUUUUUUUUUUUUUUUUCACCUGCCGAAUAGUCUUGACGGAGUGCACAGAAAAUAUGUGAAGGUCUUGUGUGUUUGUAAGAACUUUGAUUGCGUCUGCUGACUGGCAGUGACCGGCUGUUACCGGCAGUGCCAACUAACUGGGCCGAAGGGGGCUUGGUGGGGGUCUUUGCGUUAGUGGUGCUCUUGGAAAGCUAAAGGCAUCAGGUGAAGAUCCUCUUAUCGCCACGCUGAGUUUUAAUUAUUUUGUGCUAAGGCCACACCAGACUGUUGUUAAAGUGAGAGACGCGACAUGAUUUCUCGGCAUUUUCUUUCACAACUUCACCCUUUAUCCUUCUGUCACUAUUCUGUUCCUAGAAACGUCACAGUUUUGUGUGCCGUAGGACUUUUGCUUUCAGGAGUGUGCAAUCUCUUGUCCUUUUUUUGUUAGUUUUGGUAACAAAUGUAUUUCAAUAUGAAUGAUAUUUGUGUCAGCAUGUUUGUUUCUUUCACGGCAAAAUGCCGCUAGUUUUUCAGGGGAAUGUUGACUCGAGACUGGCGGUCCCGUUUCUAUUAUUCACAUAGUCAAAAGGAACAGGAAGAACGGGAGUUCUCUAUUGUGCUGUUGCAAACAUAUGGUCUGAAAUAUACAUAUGAAAAUUUUUUUCACAAUCAUUUACAUUAAAUUGUUAACUAUUAAUAUGCGUUGCACCAAAAUGCGCUUUCUGUUUUGAUUGUUAGAUUCGUAAGAACCGAUUGUCUUCUUUUGCAUUGUAGAAAAAAAGACACGCCUUAUUUUACUCUAUAAUUUCAAGAAUUACGGCGUAUAUUUGAACAGCACCUAAUGUAGUGGCUUCAUGCUAAUGUCUCUCGAUCAACCCUGACACUGUUUGUCUCAUUCUAUGGUUAUUGGUGUAUCUGACAUUGCUUGUGUAGAGAAUUCCGCAUAUAUUGAACUAUGGCCUUGUUUUUGGACAAAUACAUCAAAUGGGUACUUCAACUAGGGCCUGUCACCCACCUGUCGUUAACACCAUCUUGUCAUUUGCUAUGUGCUGAGGUAUACCUAUGUGUCUUGCAUACCAGUAGGUUUCUUUGUGUACGUUGUUGGUGUUUCCACAUAUCUUAUUUACACGCAUUCUGUUCGCAUUAUCACCUUGUUAUGAACCCACUAGACAAAUAAGAAAGCAAACGGGUAAAUGCGCACCAUUUAACUGAAAACACCCCACCACUCACGAAGAAAGCGCACGUGGUUAAAGGCGUAUUUCGCAAGUCGGGCGUAGGCACAGGCAAAGAACGUGUGUGUCCUUCUUAUGCUUACCCCUACCUCAGCACGUCUGGCAGACGCACAUAAUCCCAACUUCAUAAGUUUGUGUGCAACGUUACUGCAGUUUUCCCAUUUGUGUACCUUUAGGAAUAGAUCGUUUUUGAAACCUGCUUUACAGUGAAGCGGUACAGAAGCUCUGUGUAGCAGGUUUUACUGCUUAACCAUGGGGCACGGGGCACCCUGAGGGAUCACCUUUCCGGCAGAGUACAAAGGGAUUGGUACCAAAGGUUUGAGGUUGUAGCAGGCUUGAUGGCUUGCUUUCACAUGUCGGCGCUUAUGUUUAGUGCGAGUCGAACGACGAAGAAGCAGUCUGUAGCUUUGUAGGAAUAUUUAUUCAGGCCAAUGCCUGGCGAAUCGCCUGAAUGAAAUGUCCGAGUUGAGCAUCGUUUGUUUUAGUGAGUGUUCUCUUAUACGUGAGACUGAUGACAUGUGUUUCCCAGGAGGCUUGUGUUGCCGAGUCAGCCUUUUAAAGUUGGCUCAAAUACGCGAGAUGAACUUCUCAGUCUAAAGUGCAUGAGCGUUUGGGAUGUGCAGUUAGGAGAUUUUAACCUGAUAGUUUGGUGAUUACUUUAGAUAGCAUAGCCUCCGAGACACUGUUGUCCAGAUUGUGGACGUCUGACAGAAACAAAAAUAUUUUUUUCGUUAGGAAGUUGCUUGAAAAUAGUGUAUCACACAAGUAAGGUAUUGGACUUCAGGGAACCGUGUAUUUCGACCCAAACAUAAAUUACAAACGGGUUUGGAAAGCCACAGUUGUGUGUUUUGACGCAUGUAAUUUAAGCUCUGCUUCAGGAGCGAGAAACUCCAAGUUUAACCUGUGUCUGAAGUCAUCGUACCGUUUUUAUGGCUGAUUAGAGCCUUUAAGGAAAUCGUUCAAUGAAAAAGAGGCCAUGAGCCUCUAUUGCAGGGCCAACGGUUCGUAUUCAUGAUUUAGCUUGCAAAAGUUGAGAUUUCAUUCGAUGACUGAUGUAUUAUGAGUAAUCUCUUGAGAUGGGAUAUGGUGGUAUGGAGGCAUAAUUAUAAUUUCCUCCUAUACAUAUGUUGGCACAAGACUGCUGUGUCCACAACCCUGUUUGUGCGAUUUCAUUAUAGAUAUGUGCUGCACAAUGGCGACUUGUAAGAUUCAUACCAGUACUGCGCUGUGUCUUUUAUCUGUACAGAGUGCACUUAUGUCUAUAACAUGUACGAUAUGUGUUGUAAGUAUUCCUGUGCAGUGACGAUGAAUAGCUUCUGCACAUGGGCAUUUUUUGAUAGAAAUCUUUCGUGCUGCACAUCAAGAUAUUUAAUUUCAAUGACAACGGUUUUGUGCAAUCUCUGUUUGGUAUAGGCGCCCGUUUGUUCUUCGAUGUGUGUAAUGUGUGAGUGCUGCAAAUGUUGUCUAUUUUUGGUGAUGCGUAUACAUAUUUAUUUUAAAAAUUUACAUAUGUAGGGCUCUUCAUGGCGUGAAAGAAAUACAAGCAAAUUUAAUAAGUUAGACGGCACUAUAAAUGAGCUGCAAGUUGCGCAUUCAUGGAAGCAUACUAUAAUGCUUGGAUGAAAUGUCCUCUGUUUCUGUUGCAAUUUUCCACCUAUUUAGAAACAGAAGAUUGAAUAAUGGCUGUAUCUUUGAAGCCGUCAAUUUAAUUACGAGUUAUUGUUUUAUUACGAGUUACUUGUUUUUUGGAAAUGCGAAGGGCCACUUUAAAGCUGCAAAUCAAAUCUCCAUGGGAUCUAGAAUUUGGAUGUUCGUGAAAAUUGCAGAAUUUUAGUCUCAUAUUGCGUGGGACCCUAUCGCACACCCCUCCCCCCCCCCGAAAGAAAAAUGAGCUUUGUGGGAUGUCGUGAACAGGACACUGUAUUUUAGGUUUGUCGAGUUAUGUAUGAGUAUCUGGACAGGUUGUUCCUGUUUUCAUUGUGCUUCAUAUAUCUUUUUAAAAGUUGAGGUGUGUUCUACUGCAUCACGCAUCUACAUUCUACGGCGUACAUUAACCUGCUACGGUGUGAUAACAUAUGUAAUAAUAAAUUUUAACCGAGGGGGUACCGCUAUGAAACUCAAGACUGCUUUUUCCAUGCAAGGAGAUGCUAUUGGGAUAGAGUAGUUACAAAUACAAAUUAACUCAAUUUAAUAAGGGUAAUGCACAGAAAUAAAUAUGGAGAACUUGCGUAUUAGAAUUAUUUCUACAAUAUUUGUUAUCUCUAACUUUUCUUUCAAGAGCGUUAUUUCAGGCGGUGAGAAUGCAGAAUUUCCUCAAUAGAACUUUUCCAAUUACUAUUUUGUUACCGAGGCGCACUAUGUAGAUAGCCCCCGUAUUGCAUUGUGCAUCACAGUGCACACUUUAUAGCACAAUUGAAGAUCUAUAUUGUAUUUUAUAACAACUCUAAACAAUUUCUUUAUUCAGUGACUAAGGUAUCUUAAGUUGUCAUUACAGUUCGUGACACAUUCGUGUUUGUUCUCCUGGAUUGGAUUUUUGUACAUUAAUUUUGCAAUGGGCCCUGUGCACGAUGCGAUCAUCUUUUGUGACCACAUAUGCCGGAUACACAUCGCAGUUGAAAUUUUAUUUCUUAGCUUUAGGCAUCUGAUUCAUUUUAAGACAACUUAUAACUAAUCCAAACCGAGAAAGUAAUGUUACCCCACCCAAUUUAUCGGAAUGUGUUGAAACCUGGUGUCAAAUAAUGUUUCUUUUUUUUAGCACCUCAGUCAUGGGAUCGCUACCGAUAUGCCACUGUUACAGUUAAAAUCGGCUGUUGGACGCAGCAGAUAAUAAGGAACUAAUGGAAUUGAAAAAAAAAAAAAGAGAUGGUACAAUAUGGCUCCACGGAGCUCAUUGUCCUCGUAUUUUCUUUUUUUCAUAAGAACGAUUAGGUAUUGUUAUGAGUCAGUUUGAGUUCUACUUCAGUUGUACUUCAGGGCAUCGUGUUGAGGAUUCCAGCAGCGUUGUAGUAGGUUUCUUUCUUCUAAAGCGUUAAACCUAUUGUGCCAAACAAUGAACGCACUGAAAUGCCUAUACAAUUAUUUGAAGUCCAAUGAAGCUGACUCUAGAAAGGGUAUUUGCCUUGUUCAUUGCUUUGUAAAGUGUGGUGGGGAAAAAAAAGGAACUUGCCUAUAUUACUGCAUUCUAAAACGAAAAAAUACGAUGAAUUUUUAUGUCGCCGUUUGGAAGCCGCGCUUCCAGCGCUUUGUAGCUUCUAGGUGGUAGAGUUAACUGCUUGUAUGAAAAGUGUCCAAAAAGAAAGCGGCUGUUGAAAGAAGAAUUGUACACUCGCUAUUUACAGCCGCAAAUGAGCCUGUAUUGAUAUUUUUUUGCGUUCUUGUACAGUAUUUAUUGUGUGCAAUCUCUGAAUUUAGCACAUGAUCGAGCGAAGUAUAUGUGUGUUCGUUCUUGAGAAGUAUAAUUGCGCUGUGCCUGGGUUUGCUGCAGCCACACGAACAUUAUGACUACUUGGAAACGGAGUUUGGCGUGCUCUCUUCCGAUGCCUUGCAGGGUGUUUUUUUUUUUUUUUUCUCGCGCUAUUAGUGCAUUAUUUGAAAGAGCGAUGUUAUUAUAGGCACCAUUCCAGUUGGUGAGUUAUCCCUGAGGGCACUGAUUGUACGGUGCUCACAAUUUACUAUGGUCUUACUUCAUAAACGUGAACUUUUCAGGGUUUUAAACAUGCACGCAGUUGUUCAAAAAGGAAAAUGGCUUCAGUUUUUGACGCAGCUUCUUUUUCGUUGCUGGAAUUCUCGGCGCUGUACGGUAUAAUCACAUUAGAAAUUCGCGCGUGUUAAUAAAACGUGUAUAUAUGUGAGGCUUUCACGGUAUGUAAAUAAAGUCAAAAUUCAGUAUAACGAAAUUAUAAUUGUUUAUAACGCGGCAAUAGUCUUCGGUUUGUGUACGUUUUUAGCCAUGAUUUUGUCCCCUCCCCCUUUUCUCUUUAUUUUUUCUUUACCUUGGAGUGAGGGCAGUUGUUCAAAUUAAAGGGAGCCCUUGUGGGCAAGACUUGGCGUUCAAUCGGUACUACGUGUUACUUAUCGCACAAAGAUUUGUUUAUUUGCUUAGUGUUUUUGUUUUACAUCUUACCUAGGGAAACAAAGCUUGAAGAACAAAUAUAUGCAAGACCCCGAUCAAAAGAGAUGUUAGAUUAGCCUGCGCUGUACAUGUUCCCAACUUGACAAGAAGCAAGAUUAUGCCAGCUGACCUGAUACUACGUAUGUUCCAAAUUGACCAUAAAAUGUUCUUGCUUUUCAUUUUUACGUAAGAAAACCCAGGACAUGUACAGCUGGCUGAAAAUUGCAUAUCGGAGUUUAUUCAGACCUUAUGACUUAUCUUCCUCCCACAGUGCUAUGGCAAGUGUUUUCUUGCAUAAUUCAGAGAGGAACUGCACGUGAACUCGACGUUACUUCGGCGGAGCCAAAAGCAAUAAAGUAACAUUGCUUACAAAUCAGAUGCACCCCUGUAUGCACGUAGCUUCAGCACAAAUUGAAACGCGAAUGAAUAAAACAGAUGAGAAUGCAUUUAACCGGAGAUUUCUUCAGACUAUGUUCUGCCGUAGCGGCGCAUCUGGUUGAUAAACAUGCUGGAGUUCGUCGGCUAUGUGUCAAAGUCUGGCUUACUCGCAUGCUACAAACUCUCUUGUAAAUUCUUACGUAAGUUGAUUUUUGCGAGUUCGCAUUUCAGCUUGCGCUGAUGGUACGUCGUGUUACGCAUUUGUGUGCGUCAAGACCGUAAUCUGUUGAAAGGCCUGAAAGCUGCGUUUAUUUAAAACAAAAGAUGCAUGUUAGAUAGGAAACCGUGUGGUUAUGUUUUGUAAUGUUUUGUGUGCAUCAGCUAGUCCUCUGUGCAUGCGUGCCAAGAGUGUCAUACAGCUUGUGGGGGCCGGUAUUUGCCGUACUUGCUCAAUGUCCCACAACUCGGGAUGACAUAUCUUCCAAGCACAUGAAUGCAAACAAAAAUGAAAAAAAAGGGUGUGGAAUGACUAUUGAGAGGUCGAGUGAAAGGCGCGCUGAAAUUUCUAUCGUGUGUAAAUAAGCAGUACCUUUGUACCGAGAAUCUACCAAAGCUUUACGUGUUUCGGCAUGGGUCAGUUUCUUUUAUUUUUUUGCCUUUGUAUCAAGUGUAAAAAAAAAGAACAUGCGUGUCGGGACAUUUAUACCACGAUGUUAAUAAAGAACACUCACUAUUU